UUUUCAUUUGGACAUUGUCAUUUCAGCUGUAAACUUCAAAACCUCAUUCAUUACAUUCAUACGAUAUCUUCAAAAAUUCAAAAUUAUCAGUGAACAAUGGGAGAUGACAUUCCAGAUCCAUACUGCAAUCCAGAUGCUCCGGUUGCAAUUACUUUCGACGAAAUAACCUCUGCAGCAUAUAGAAUCAAAUCCGGUAUCAAAAACACUGAAUGUAUCAGAUCAGAACAUCUCAGUAACAUUACAGGCAUGGAAAUAUACAUAAAAAAAGAGUUUCUCCAAGCCACUGGCAGUUUUAAAGAACGGGGAGCAAGAUAUGCAAUGAUGAAAAUGUCACCAGAAUUAAGAAGUAAGGGUAUAGUAGCUGCUUCUGCAGGUAAUCAUGCCCAAGCUUGUUGUUACCACGGACUUUCGCUUGGAGUUCCAGUUACAGUAGUGAUGCCAGAAACUGCUCCUAUAAUGAAGAUUGAAAAAUGUAAGAACUACAAGGGAAAUGUUAUUGUACAAGGCAAAAAUUUGUCAGAAGCGAAAAGAAUUGCAUUAGAAUACGCCAGGGACAACGGAAUGAUGUAUUUGAAUGGAUACGAUCAUCCACAAGUCUUGGCUGGACAAGGAACUAUAGGGUUAGAAGUAUGGGAGCAAAUUCCAGAUCUUGGUGCUAUUAUAGUACCAGUUGGUGGAGGAGGUCUACUUGCAGGCAUUUGUGUGGCCAUGAAAGCAUUAGACAGAAACAUUAUGGUAAUAGGAGUGGAACCAGAAAGAGCUGCAUGCUUAACAGAAGCACUGAAAGUGGGAAAACCAGUAGAGGUUCAGGUUACUAGUACUUUAGCAGAUGGUCUAGCCGUUGCUAAAAUCGGCGUCAAUUCUCUGGAAUCCGUCAAGAAUAUAUUAGACAAAUGUGUAACUGUAAAAGAACAAUAUGUGGCCUUAGCUAUCCUGAGAUUAGUCGAAUACGAGAAGAGUAUUGUUGAGGGUGCUGGAGCCAGUAGUUUGGCUUGUAUACUACAAGGUACGGUGCCGGAAUUGAUGGGAAAAAAGGUUUGUUUGGUUCUUAGCGGAGGGAACAUCGAUACUACAGUGCUAGGAAGAGUUCUUGAAAGAGGAUUAGCUGCAGACGGACGUUUAGUUAAGGUCAAGAUCGGUAUAUCUGAUAGAGUUGGCGGAAUCGAAGAUCUCUCAAACACUAUAGGCGGCUUAGGAGUCCACAUCAAAGAUAUGGUCCAUGAAAGAGCUUGGGUUGUAGAAGAUGUCUUCAAGGUAGAAGUGAAAGUUAUUUGCGAAUGCAGAGAUAGAGAGCACAGCUUGAGUCUCAGAGAUACUUUAAGCAAUAAAUAUGGUCCAAUUUUUUUUAAUGGUCAACCGUACCCUAGCGAUGAUAUGGGAAGACCAACUGCAAUUUUCGCUGGUCCUCAACCAACUCAACAACAAAUGAUGCCACAAACACCAAGCGAUUUUGGAAAAACAUCUGUUCAACAAAAUGUUAUCGACUUCGAGACAGCAUCCAAGAUCGGAGAUUUCUCUGUAGAAACAGCUAAUGCUUCUGCUCAAAUCGGCGGAUCUUUCUUACCUUCUCAACAAGUUACUGGUUCUUUUCAUCCAUCUCAACAAGUUGGAUCCCUCCAUCCCUCACAAGCUUCCUGUGGACCAUGUAGUUCUGUACAAGGAUCACAGGCAGUUGCUGGUUCUUUACAUCCUUCCCAACAGGUUCCUGGUUCUCUUACACCCUCCCAGGCUGCAUGUGCACCAUGCGGUUCUGUUCGAGGAUCCCAACAAAUUGCUGGCUCUGCACAAGCUUCCCAACAGGUUGCUGGUUCUGUACAUCCUUCUCAACAGAUUCCUGGUUCUCUUACUCCUUCUCAAGCUGCAUGUGCACCAUGUGGUUCCGUUCAAGGAUCUCAGCAAAUUGCAGGUUCUAUGCAUCCUUCCCAACAGAUUCCUGGUUCUCUUACUCCUUCUCAAGCUGCAUGUGCACCAUGUGGUUCUGUUCAGGGGUCCCAACAAAUUGCUAGUUCUUUACUCCCUUCCCAACAGUUUGCUGGUUCUGUACACCCUUCCCAACAGAUUCCUGGUUCUCUUACCCCUUCUCAGGCUGCAUGUGCACCAUGUGGUUCAGUACAGGGAUCCCAACAAAUUGCUGGCUCUCUACAUCCUUCCCAACAAGUUGCUGGUUCUGUUACUCCUUCUCAGGCUGGAUGUGGACCAUGCGGUUCUGUACAGGCAUCCCAGAGAAUUGGUGAUUCUAUACAACCUUCCCAACAGAUGGCUGGAUCGGUUCAAGCCUCUUGCGGACCUUGCGGUUCAGUUCAGACACAACAAUCUGUACAGCAAUCCCAGCCAAUUGCUAGUUCUCAACAACCUGCCCAACAGAUAACUGGAUCGGUUCAAGCAUCUUGCGGACCUUGUGGGUCAGUUCAAACCCAACAGUCUGUACAGCCAUCACAGCAAAUUGAGCAACCCAAGCAGCCUCCCAAGCAAGAAUCUCCGACGCCAUCUAAACAAAUUGAAGAAUCAAUUGCGCCUUCGCAACAAUUGGGAGCAUUGGGAGCCCAACAAAUUGGAGGAUCCUUGUUACCAUCGGAACAAGCAUCUCUGCGUCCAUCCCAGCAAAUGAACGGAUCUAUUAGGCGUCCUCCUGCACCUUCAGGGGAUCCAUCCUUUUCUAUAGCUUCAUCCUACCAACCAUCGAAGGCGUCAGCUAAACCUGUAGGGGUAGGUGUACAGAAGAAUCCGUUCUCCAGUUGUUCAUGCAAGAAACGUAAUGCUCCAGGAGAUUAUAAGAGGUGAACAAAGAUACCGAAUGAAAACAAAUCUCCAUAGACUUGUGAGUCAGUAGCAAAGAAAGGAUUAAUGAAGUUCUGUAGCAUCUGUCAAAUCAAACGUCAUUAUAAUGUCAUGUUCUGAUAAUCAAAAGAUAUUCAAUAGCUGAUGGA